UAUUGGUGUGCUGGCGGCUGGUGGGCAUUGUUAUCACGAUGGCUUUAUACUGGCUGGUUGGUUUAGUGUUGGUGGGGGGCAAGAUGGUGGACGGGACGGCGGAGGUCAUGAGUCAUGUGACUGCGCAUUUUGGGAAGGCUUUAGAGCAAUGCCGUGAGGAGUCCCAGCUGUCCCCAGAAGUCCUGGACGAGUUCCACAACUUCUGGCGCGAGGACUUUGAAGUGGUCCACCGCGAGCUCGGCUGCGCCAUCAUGUGCAUGUCCAACAAGUUCUCCCUACUGCAAGAUGAUGCCCGCAUGCAUCAUGAGAACAUGCAUGACUACGUCAAGAGCUUCCCUCAAGGUGACGUCCUCUCGGCCAAGAUGGUCGAACUGAUCCACAAUUGCGAGAAGCAGUACGACGACAUCCCUGACGACUGCAGCCGCGUUGUCAAGGUCGCAGCCUGCUUCAAGGUCGACGCUAAGAAAGCUGGUAUCGCACCCGAGGUCGCCAUGAUUGAAGCGGUGCUGGAGAAGUAUUAAGACCCAUUGGCAGAACGUUGAAUUGAAAAUGAUACUGGUGGAUAGAUGAAGUGGGUUUUCAUUCACUAGUUGUUAUAGUCGGACAUCAGUAAGUGUAAGAUCUGAGUGGAUGCUCGAAGCGGAGCGUUCGGCGGAGCAUGCAGCGUGGCGUCGGGCUCACAAGUGAUGUGAGCAGCAUGCACUGAGGCCGCUCUUAUACGUUUGCAUUUGUUUGACAUGCACGCCGCACGCCCCGCCCUGCUGCAUGCCCCACUCAAGCGUCCACUCAGGCCAUACACAAAUUUUGUGUUACCAUAAAAAAAAUCCUGAUAUAAAUGGAAAAAUGAAAUUAGGAGUAGUAGUAGUAAUCACUUUUUUGCGUACAAUAUUUUGACCAUCGGAGACUGAACUAUGUAAAAAUCUGAAGCUAUCUGAUUUUUCCCAGAAUAUGUAUAAGUAGGAUAAUAUAUACACUAGUAGAAGCAGAUUUUUACGAAUUCCCGACACUGACUAUUGUAUUGCGUCCAUAAAUAUAUGAAAAUAAGGUUUAGAACACAGUCAGAAUUUACAUAAAAUCUUUACUUAAAGAGUUUGUAACUAAUUAUGUAAUUCAUAGUGAAAAUAUCAUUGGUCAUCAAAAAGUGUAUUUUUUUUUACCAGUAUUGUUUUUAAUUAAUCAAAAAUUAAUACAUCGAACAAUGUCUAAAGAGUGAUUUCUAGUAGAUAGUUUUGAUUAAGUUCAUUUCAUCGACUAUUUGGUCUAGAUUAGAAUUGUUGUGAUUUAAUAAAUAGUUGUUUGAGUGAGA